AUGGCUCAACCUAUUCCAUUCUCAUAUACCCCGAAAGGCCUUUCCUAUACCAAAUUGUCUGUCAGUUCAUGCAGCGAAUUUACCUUUCUCAAAGCCAGCGCCAUCGACAAAGCACAAAAAAGCUCUUACGACAUACCGAUCCAACCACUCGAGUGCGACGUUCCCUGGCCUUCUUCGUUCCCAGCGGUUCGGCAGUGCAAGUAUUGGAAGGAGGUCCAGACUUCUUGUGAAGAUCUGAUGCAAGAGAUCCGAGCCCUGAGGAAUCAGAAUACCAGGAUGGUCCCCGAAGGAUUCUCUCAUAUGGGAGAUGAGCAACGUCUGACAAAGAAGGAAAGCAUGAUAAUAGCGACGGCAGUCAGUUCUGCGACCUAUAUGGUACCGAAUUCACCACGUGAUAGGAUCGAAGCUAUAGCAAAGCUCUGGAUGUUGCUCUGGACGCAUGAUGACGUUGUUGAAUACAGCCCAGAACAGGCGGGCUCGACCGUAGUCGACGAUAUGAUAGGCUCACUUCUUCGAGUCGCCAGGGGCUUCGAGGAUCUAUCGGGAAACGAAGCCUGUGCUACGUUCAAACUGACAACAGAGCUUCUUGAUCUGCCAGGAGGUCUCAUGCAAACUCUCUUAGAGACUUUCGAAGACUUCCUGGUCUUUACUAGCAAACAUCAAAGGUCUCGUUUCGAAGGCUUGCGAGAUUUCCUCGACUAUCGCAUGAUUGAUAUUGCCAUGACCCUCAUCCUGGCAUCAGUGAGACUCGGUAAUGGCCUGGACCUGAACCGCCAACAGCUAGAGCCACUUCGUCACAUCAUUGACUUGACCAGUGACCACAUCACUCUAGUUAAUGACCUGUAUUCCUUCGACAAGGAGAAACGAGCAGCGGUGACUGAAGGCGCCCUCCUUUUGAAUACAGUCAACUAUCUAGAACAGGCAUUAUCAGUGUCAUCGCCUUUUGCCAAAGACCUCACCUUGCGUCUGAUACUUGACAUCGAAUCUAAACUUCAGGAUGAGCUCGGCCUAAUUUCGCAAACUGAGACUUUGAGCGAGUCCCAAGUCCGAUAUGCCCACGCGUUGGUCGAAUGCGCGUCGGGAAAUUGGCUCUUCUCAAUCACUUCAAUCCGGUAUGGAAAGGAAAUGAAAUAA